CUCCGCUCGCCAGUGCGAUGGCUGUUUUUAUCAGUCUUCAACCGUGACCAAACGUUGAAAGCAGAAAAAAUCCUGUUGUUUUUGUUGCAUUUAUUAUCGUUUCAAAAUUGACGAUUACUCCGCACGGAAAAGUUUGCUAAAUAGUGUAAUUAACCCAUAACUGUUAGGAAAAAGUGUUCAGCUGAAUUGAAACCCGCCGUGAAAAACAGCCGAACGGCAGCCAAAGAAUGACCUUCGUUUCGCUACGCCUGAUGGUGAAAGCCUUUCAUCAACAACCGGUUAGGGCCCUUUCGACGACUGCGACGCUCGCCCGGGAUGGAUCGGAAUCGUGGCUCAGCAAGCUGCUGGUCCGCAAGAUCGAACCCACCAAGGAAUCGCACAGCCGGAUGCUGAGCGACAAGGAGAUCAUCUACGAACUGCACACGCACAACAUCCGCCCGGACUCGGUCGGGCCGUACAUGGACAAUUACAAAAAGUCGGUGGAAAUCGUAUCAUCGAAGAAGAAUCUAACCAUCGAAUUGAUCGGCUCAUGGAGUGUCGAAGUCGGCGAUCUGGAUCAGUGCUUGCAUCUGUGGCGUUAUACCGGCGGAUUCGAGAUGGUCGACCAAACCAAAAAGGUGUUGCAUGACGACCCUGAUUACGUCAAAUUAACCCAGGAACGGGGCACGUUCCUUCGCUCGCGCCAUCUGCAGUAUCUGCUCGCGUUCAGCUACUGGCCACAGUUAGCCCUGCGCCAAGAUAAGAACAUCUACGAGAUUCGUUCCUACCGACUUAAGCCGGGCACCAUGAUCGAGUGGGGCAACAACUGGGCACGGGCCAUCAACUAUCGCCAAAACAACGAUGAAGCAUUUGCCGGGUUCUUCUCCCAGAUUGGUCGGCUGUACAAUGUGCAUCACAUUUGGUGCUACAAGGACCUUCUUUCGCGUAAGGAGACCCGUGAGUCGGCUUGGAGGUCUCCGGGCUGGGAUGAAUGCGUUGCCUACACCGUGCCAUUGAUUCGUGAGAUGCAUUGCCGAAUUUUGAUCCCGACUGAGUUUUCCCCUACGAAGUAAAACCCGAAGCCAAAUGGUUGUCAAUAUGUAAUUGCAACCGCGGAGAUGGACCACUUAUAGCAGCGCAUAGUGGGGUCACUUUUAUUAUCUUCUUGAGUUGUAGUUUCGCUCUCCAGAGUGCAUUUGUUCAAUUUAGACAUUUGUGGUCGAAAUUUGGGCUAGCAGUAAAGAAAAGAGUAAUGCAUUUAUAAUCAAGUGUCUAGAGCAAAAAGUGAAAAUAAUUGCGUAGAACCGGAGAUGUUUGUUUAUGAUUAAAUUAUGGAAAAGUUUUCGAUAAAUUUUGCCUCAACAUUGUUUACUUUAUUUUCAAUUGUUUCAAGAUCGUGCAAAUAUAUAUAUUUGUGUAGUAAAA